AGCCGCCGUAGCCGCUUCUCCACAGUGGGCGGAGCGGAAGCCGGGGUGACCGCGCCGGAGCUGCGGCUGCCAGCAACAUGUUCAAGAUAAUUCAGAGAUCAGUGGCACCUGCCAGCCUGGGCCUGCUCGCCUUUAAAGUCUACGCCGCACCAAAGAAGGACUUGCCCAACAAAAAUUCUGUCAAGGUCGAUGAGCUGUCACUGUACUCAGUUCCAGAAGAUCAAUCUAAUUAUGUGGACGAGCCAAGGACUGCCCUUGAGGAAAACAUUUCAGAGCUCCGACACUCCUGUGAGCCGUAUCUAAAUUGGUGUCAGGAACAGUACGACUACGUCAAGCCCAAGGCACAAGAUUUUGUUCAAUGGGGGUCAGAUACCUAUGAUUAUCUCCAAAAUGCACCUCCUGGAUUUUUCCCAAGACUUGGUGUCAUUGGUGUUUCUGGCAUUGUUGGACUCCUCCUUGCUAGAGGUUCCAAAAUAAAGAAGUUGAUAUAUCCACCUGGCUUCAUGGGAAUCGCUGCUUCCAUCUAUUACCCACAACAAGCCGUCAGUUUGGCUCAGGCCAGCGGGGAAGUCUUAUAUGACUGGAGUUUGCAAGGAUACAUAGCCGCUGAAAAUUUUUGGAAGAACUUUCAAAAGCCAGGAAAUGUGAAGACUCCACCCGGAAAUAAGUAGACUGCCCCUUGAUCUGACCAUUUAAACAGUUAUAGGUAAGCUUUGGAAACUCCAUCUGGUAAAUCAGUAUUUCUACAGAAACAAGUGAUCAAGUCAGUAUUGAACGUAGCAAAUUGGCAGUCUUCAGGAAAAUCUCCACCGCACCUUGCUUUAUCUUGGGUGGUGCCAUAUUAUGCGGACUAAUCUGGAAUUCUUCCACCUAGAGAUAAUGUCCAAGCCUUAGAACUCCUUGUUCUCAUGUUGCUAGUUACACACAUAAUAAAAUUCCAAGUUAAAACUU